CAGGCAGGGGGAGAAAGGGAUCCGACCAGUUCACCUGAUGAUUCCUUCUUACGGAUCCAUCGGCGCGCCCCCCCCGGCACGGCCAGCGAGCAUGAAGAGGAGAGUAAGUAUCUUCUUCCUCCAUGCUGGAGUCUACGCGCUUGCAACAGCCUUGUGCAUGGUAGUCUUCUUCGCCAUUGAGUCAGAGAGAGCGGAGCUGAUCCAGGCAAGGCGAGGGAGAAACGUGAAAGAUGCCAAGAGGUCGAAGCUGCAAGGGAUUGUAGCUCAUCUCGACCAUGCUGCUCACGGGGAGCACGAGAGUCACGGGGAGGAAGAGGCGCACGAGGGAGAGGAGGAGGCGGCGCAUGCUAGCGUGAAGGGUGAACAGAAACUCUCCUCGCAGCUCUCUCAGUCCGAGCAUGAGGGCGAACAUGAGGCCUACAGCACUGAGAUCAUGUUCUUCUCCUACAUCCCGACCUGCUGCCCCAACGCUCACGUUGAACGGAUCCAUCACUCUGCGGCUGAUGCGGAGCUCAACAAGCCCUGCACCAAGGACGAGGCAGAGCUCGAGGCCUUCAAGGUCCACGGAGACGUCAAAGUUUGCUCGCACGAGGACAUGGAGGAGGCGCAGGCUCUGAUCAAUACUCUUGAUGUUUGGGUCGUCGUUUUCUGCAGUAUCCUGUGGAUGUUGGGGAUCCUAAUCCUACACAACUGGCUGGGGCAGUUUCAUAGACACGCACAUACUGGGCAUCAUGGGGGCCAUGGACACGAGCACGAUCACGAUCACGAUCACGAGCACGAGCACGAGCACGAGCAUGACAAGAAGGGGACAUGA